AUGGCUGACGUUAGUUGUGUGGGUAACGUUUAUAAUGAACCAAAUAGUAUUAAAUUACCCGAAUACAUGGAAAUGUUUUGUAAUUUACACAACGGGAAAAGAUUCGCCAUCGAUAUAGGUUGUUCUCUUACUAAAAUCGCAUAUUAUUCAACAACCAAACAUAAGCAAUCGUGUUUUAAUCAUAGGAAAAAAAAUAUAAAUAAAUUAAAUGUGACCAAUGGUGUGAACACAGGAAGCCUUACUAAUGACUAUUCGAAAAUAAAUAAUAAUUGGGAAAAUAAUUGUGAAACAAGCAAUACUAUAAGAAAUAUAAUUACAGAUGAUAGUGAUAAUGUUAUUGAUAGUUGCAUUAACGAUUCGACUAGUCAAAUGUGUAACCAAAAAUAUUGUGAAAUUGAACAAAUGUCUCGUUUACACUUUUUAAAAUUUCAAACAAAAUAUUUAGAAAAUUGUUUAGAUUUUAUAGAGAAUCACAUUGUCGGAAACAAAGAGCUUGUCAAAGGGAAUACUAUUAAAGUGACAGGAGGAGGAGUUUGUAAAUAUGCCAGUUGUAUAAAGGAAAAAUUAGGAGUUUUAAUAGAUAAAGAAGAUGAAAUGUACUGUUUAAUAAAAGGAACAAAUUUUUUAUUGAAAAAUGUAUCGAAAGAAGCAUUUAGUUUCGAACAAAAUGGAAAACCCGAAUAUAUUUUUCAAAACAUCGAUUCCAAUCUUUAUCCUUAUCUUCUUGUUAAUAUCGGAUCAGGUGUGUCAAUCAUAAAAGUAACUGGAGAAGAAUGUUAUGAAAGAAUCGGGGGUUUGUCAACAGGCGGAGCAACUUUUUGGGGUUUAGGUAGUUUAUUAACAUCUGCAAAAGAAUAUGAUGACCUUUUGGAAUUGGCAGCGAAAGGGGAUUAUGAAAAAGUAGAUAUAUUGGUUAGGGAUAUAUUUGGUGGUGAUUACACAUCUGCUGGAUUAUCCGGUGAUUUGAUUGCUGCCAGUUUUGGAAAAAUAAAUGUUAAUAAUGGUGAAUCUAGUCAAAAAAAAUUUUCCGAAGCCGACAUAGCAAGAAGUUUAUUGUUUACCGUCCUAAAUAGCAUAGGACAAGUUGCGUCCUUGUAUGCAUUAAUGCAUAACGUAGACAAGGUUUAUUUCGGCGGUUAUUUUUUAUGUAAUAAUGCAUUAAACAUGGACGUCCUUUCACGUUCCGUCAAUUAUUGGAGCGACAAUAAAAUAAAACCUUUAUUCUUGCGUCACGAAGGUUAUUUGGGAACAGUUGGUGCCUUUCUUAAGGGUACCGAACAAUGGGGAAAAGAAACCAGUUCAGGUGUUUCGCGCGAGAGAAAAAUGUCUGCUGGUUGUGGUAAUUUCGGAAACGGAAAUGGAAACAUCAAUGAGUCCGACGGUGAUUUUUCCGUUUGUCCAUUUUUAUUGAAUCCGCACACGUAUUGUCCAGACGUUGUUAACUUGGUUCAAGAUGAAGAGGCGAGGGAGUACUGGUUAAAAUGUUUCGAGGGGACCGUUGAAAAAAUAACAAUAAAAGCCAUCGAAAGUCAAAAAAAUAAUUCGACAGCAAUAAAGAGGGCGAAUAGUUUUAAAGAAAAAUUAUUGAAUAGACUGAAAGAGUUAAAAACGAAUCCCACACUUUAUGGAUCGUUAACGGUUCGAAGCAUUUUAGAAACGAUACAACAAUUUUUACACGACUACGAAUUUCCCGAUCCGUACCUGACUCAAAAAGAAAUGGAAAAUAAAGAAGCAUUGACACUUUUUGCUAAUCACAUCGAACAAUUGGAUCGUUUAGACGAAACGACGAGAAAUAAAAAAUUAAUAUGGUACCUCAUCGCCGGUAACAUGUUCGAUUGGGGAGCCAAAGAAAUUUCUGCCUUGUUGGAAAAGGAUAAUUUCGGAUUCGAGGAUGCUCUUAGUAAAAUUCCAAAACGUCCCUGGUUAAUCGAUUCACUCGACGAAUGGAGCAAAAGACUCGAAGGUGUACCACAUAAAUGUGCCGUUAUAUUUGUAGAUAAUUCUGGUUUAGAUAUAAUACUUGGGAUAUUUCCAUUCGUGAGGGAACUUCUUCGACGUGGAACGGAAGUAAUUCUUUGUUCGAAUUCGAGUCCCGCGUUAAACGACGUCAUACAUAGCGAAUUAUUAGUUUUGUUAAAUUCAGUAAAAAAAAUAUGUCCGAUAAUAAGAGAAGCAGAAGAAAAAGGAUUUUUGAUUGCGAUGGAAAGUGGACAGACGGGACCAUGUUUGGAUUUGAGCCGUUUGAAAAAAAAUUUAUGCGAGGAAAUGAUAAGAAGAAAAGCGGAUUUGAUUGUCAUAGAAGGAAUGGGAAGGUCGGUUCAUACAAAUUUAAAUACAAAUUUCAAAUGCGAAAGUCUGAAAGUGGCUGUGAUUAAAAAUCAAUGGUUGGCUAAAAGAUUAGGUGGAAAUAUGUUUUCCGUAUUAUGUCAAUAUAAAAAUAAUUUAAUUUCUUAA